GUUCAGUCAGUGUGUUGUGCGCGGCGCAGGCGAGUGGUGGUGUGACGUCAGAGCGCGGUGUGUCGCACAACCGAACAGCGCAGCGAAUAUUCAAUAGAAGUAGUUGGGGUACCGUUGCCUGUCGUCGUCGUACAUUUUGUGCUAAUUUGUGUUUAUGUGCAAACUCUGACAAGGAACUUAUUUGAUUUUGUGCUAUUUUAUUCCUGUACUGUGACUUCAUGUGUGAGGGCGGCAUGCCUGUGGCGAGGGCUCUGCGCGCGUUGCUCGCCGCGCUCUGCCUCGCCUCCCAGUGCAGCGCGGGACCGGUUGGCCCCCUACCCAACGUGACCAGCCUAGACCUCGGUCUCAAGGAAGGAGGGUGCUCGGUGGGCGACGUGGUGUACAUGCCGGGCGACGAGUUCGGUGGCACGAGCGCUUGCGAGCGGUGCCGGUGCGUGCGCGGCGGCGUGCAGUGCGAGCGUCAGCAGUGUCAGCCGCGGCCCGGCUGCAAGGCGCUGCACCGCCCCGACCACUGCUGUCCCACUUACCAGUGCGAGUGCGAGCAGGAGGGGCGGGUGUACGGCAACGGAGAGAAGCUGGUGGACCCGCAGGACCCGUGCCGCGUGUGCUACUGCCAGGGCGGCGAGGUGGUCUGCCGGCGCAUCGCGUGCUUCGUGCGGGACGACUGCUCGCCGCGCCGCGUGCCCGGCCGCUGCUGCCCCGAGUACGACAACUGCCCGCUCAGAGGUGUUACAACGAUACCCGGGAUAGCGCCGGCAGCGCCGAGUGUUGCCGCUCUGGAGGAGGUGGUCGCCGGCGUCGAGCCAGCCGCCAUUGAGGAACCACUUAAACCGAUAAAAAAUGAAAUAACAAUCAAAGAAAUCACUCCCGUGUCUGAGAUCCCAGUUAUCACUGAGGUGAAAAUAAAGGAGAUCCCACCCUCGGCCGGCGUCGACGGUGCAGAAUAUGCCUCGUCUAAAUCUCCACUGAUACCGCGCGAGGCCACGUCCGAGAAAUCUGAGAUCGAUAAAAUUGAAGGUAAUCCUGAAUCCCAAGAAAUCAGCGAUGACGAAACUUUGUUAUCUUCUAAUAAUUCCGCGCCCACGGAAGCGUCCAAAUAUGGCGGCGAGAGGGACAGCGCCUCGCAAGCUACCAACGAUGCUGCUCCCUCCAAGAUCAGUCUCUCGACACAGGAUUCGAUAAAUAGCAACAUCUACACCGCCAGCCUGCCCGUCGCCGCCGCCACCGCCACCGCGGGCUCGCCGUCCUUGCCAUCUAAUGCAGCCUCGGCGCCUCCCAGUAAAUCUUCUUUGAUAGACGAAGAAGAUACUUCCUUGUUCGAUCAUAAUCCUGCUUUUCCACCGAUACCUGACGACUUGUCCGUGGCAGGAAAUCACGAGGAAGAAAUGUUUACGGAACAAAACAUGGACACCGAACACAUGUCUGCGGCACAUGAAGCGGUGAACGUAGCGAGCACCGCGGCCGCUGCUCAGCCCGCCGCCGCCAAGGAAGCCACCACCACUACAUCGAGCUACACUUCCGAAGCUACCUCGGCCGCGUGGCCAAACCCCCGGGAAAUUUCCUCGGAUGGUGGCAUCACUGAAUCGGAUGAAGGUGUCACCAUUGUUACAUAUAAAUCGAGGGAGAGUUCCAUGCUUAAUUUGCGGUCCGUUCUACCCACGGAGAUAUUAAAUGUGCCAUCGCACACGGCACUGUCGGUCGAGAUGAGCGACGGCACGAUGGCCCCGAGCGCAGAAUCCCCGGUGACCGGUCACAGCACAGAGGAGGUCAGUGACGCGAUUAACUCCCAUCCUGCCGAUAGCAUCCCUACGAGUACAGAUGAUCCCGAUUUCCAGGAGCUUGAAGCCGUCGGCAAUUCUACGGAAUCCUCGGACCCGACGAACGAAGGUCAUGUUCCUCGAGAACAAACCACGAGUUCUAUUUCAAAGUCAAACGUAGGGACGGAGGUGACGUCGCAGACGGAACUGAGCUCCCUGCCCAUCGAAACGAGUGACCAAAAUCCACACGACUCGUCUGAAAACAUAACCAAAGAUAGAGCAUUCGUUUCAACUGUUGAUCCAGUGACGCUGGAUGAUAGCAAUACCAAACUGUUGCCGACCGAUUCUACGGGAACUACGCUUUCUAAAGCGGUACCGCCGUACGUGGAAAACCAAUCUUUUGAAAGUUUUGAAACGACAGAGAUCGGUUCCUUAGCUUUCGGUUCUCAAGAAAGUGCCACCGCGGGUGUGGAAUCUAUUCAAACAUUUUCCGACUCCGAAAAAAGCUCCGCUCUAAUCGAGCAACCGAGCGCCAGGAAUAACAACGUGCUGACCGAUCUGAUUAACAUAGUCGGUGACGUGGCCGCCAUCGGAGACCACACCGAGGCGCCCGACGUGGAGCACCAAACUGCGAGUCCGACGACCAUUUCCGAUUCCGAAGAAUUGAUACCGGUCAACGCCGGUUACAAAAGUAAAAAUAAAAAUUGGAACCUCAAUUCUAUAACAGAGGUGCCAUUCAAAUAUAAAGGAGGUAGCAAGCCGAAGGUCGUCGAGAUCGAAGACGAGGACGACACUGACACGAUAACUGACUCGCCGGCGCCCAACGACAAAGUGGAGCCGACCACGCGCCGGCCCAUCAUAGACAACGUAUCCGAUCAAAAAGCUGAAAAUAAAACGGAGAAGAAAGAUAUAGAGAUCAUAACGCAGUCUUACGUGCCGACGAUCAACAGGCGGCCAACGAAGGUGGUCAUGAAGAAGGGUAACGAGAGACCAGUCGCCGAGGAGCCCGGCGCCGGCGAGGUCACCACUGACUCCCCGGACGCCGCAAGCGAUACAACAGCAGCGCCGAUGUCGGAGGCGGCGGCCACAGAGCCCAGUGUGGCUGACAUUCCGGCGCAGACGACGGACGCGUUCGGCCCCGCGCAGUGAUUGCGGCGCGCGACUGUCGAUGGAAUCUCGGCUCAUUAGCAUUUUAUAGUGAAUAAGUUUCGUUUAUGAAACUUUAAGUUAAUGUAGAGACUAUUAGAUAUAAAGAGUAUAAAUUACCUUGUCAUAUAAAAUUAUCGCGUCAAUUCGACUUCCGGUCGUGAGAGGACUCUCGGCUGGUUGUAUAUUUUGGAUUUCGGAGGCCAGGAUAUACCGGUCCGAUGUACUAUCUGGACAAAUUAUUUAUAGUUAUGUUGAUGUAAUACUAGGGAAGUGACGCCUACAUUCGCGUUCGGGUUCGCAUCGGGGCGCAACUUUCCUCGUUAGAUAAGUUAUUUAUUUUAGUAAGAAACGUGAGUAAAACGAUUGAUAAGUAAGCAAGCAAGCUAGUCACAGAGCUGGCGCGCGCCGUCUGAAGUCGCGUCGCGUCGCGUCGCGUCGCCGACACCGCGCAGUCGCAGAGCGCAGUCGCACCGAACAUUCGCCACUUCUGUAGGACUCUGAGAGAACUUAGUGCUGGGCCGGCCGGUACACGUUCUUACACAAAUGCAACAAAAUUUGGUACAAAACGAAUUUGAUAUAAUCAAAAAUGAACCUUAUGAAUAUAGAUCUAGAUGAUUUAGAGUAUAUAUUGUCGCACAUAGUCUUCGUCGUUGCACAAAGUGACUACAAGUAGGGGUAGGUGAGUGCGUGGCUCGGGCGCACAACAUUUGAGAUCAUUCGUUUGUCCGUAUCCUCAUUUAAAGACCGAUGCGGUUUCGACAUUUUUGUUGUCAGUUGAUGUUGACGUGGGCCAGCAACAGCGCACAGCAGCGGCGGCAUGCGGUGUGCUCGAGGUGGCCGGCGCCGUGCUGCGUGGCGUCAGGCUCCUAGUGAUAUUACUCCAAGUGCUUCUUCUUGCUCCGGAAGACCGUUUGAUUCUUUUCCCGGGCAAUAAGCGCAUGUGCUCAUUGUAUUAUUUAAUACUUAUUGUUUUUUUACAAAUAAAAGACAUUAGACUGAA